AUGGAGGUUCUCCGUACAGCCCCCGAUACAUCAUCCUUCGUCCCUAUCGCCGAACACCAGUCGCGCACACCGGCCUCGUUCCACGAUGGUCCGACAGUGCUACACUACCACAGCCAGAGUUGCAAGGUCGUGAUUCUCGAGCGCGACCUCGUCGCCACCCCUACACUGAACGCCCUACGCGGCGAAGUAGCCACAAAUGGAUCAACCGCAACCGAGGAGAAUGAGCAGGAGAAAGAGGUUGCCAUUGACAACGUCGAGACCUGGGUGACCUCCGAUAAAUUCCUUCUCUUCUCGUCCUCCGCCUCAACAGGCGUCUCAAUCCCCUACCCUUCCAUCUCCCUCCACGCUAUCCAGCGCCUGCGCGUACCGGGCGCCUCCGAUGCCGAGGUUCAAGGACUUUACAUGCAGAUUGCGACACCGAGCGCUCCCUCCGGCGAAGACGACGAAGAAGAAUGCAUUACAAUGACAGUUGUGCUGCCCUCCGACGCGACAACGAGCACAGCCUCCGAUGAACUCUCCGAUGAGCCUGAGGAAAGCCCCAUUCAAACACUGUACAAUGCCGUGUCUGCUUGCUCGAACCUACACCCCGACCCCGUUGAGCCGGGCGACGAGGACGAGGACGAGGGGGCGAAGUUUUUCACAGCCGAUGGUGCGGAGCCUUCGUUUUUCCAGCUUGGGGAGGGAAUGACCGGCUCUGAGAAUGGGGGGGUUGCCACCUCCUGUUGA